AUGAGUGAAGAAUUCGGUAAAUCCGGUCUGUAUAUCGAUGAUCUCUACACGUUACGCGUGAUAGACCCGGAGGUGGCUAACGAGACGAACGAACUGAAGGAUGAGUGUGAACAAUUUACCGAUAAGCUAACCGAUUUUCGUAGAAUUAUCGACCAAUUCGCAAACAUCAUCGAGGUAUUCGCCGUAGAGGUGGACCAGGAGAAGAUGCGUGCUGUCGGCGUGCAGAAUAUGUUAAAAACGUUCUCUAAGCAGCGAGAAUCGGAGCAACAACAAAUACAGAGUGAAAUCAUCGAAAAAAUGAUUGAGCUGGAUAAAUUAAAGAUCGAAUAUCAGUACCUGCAGCGCAUCGAAUCCGAGCAGCAGGAAAUGAUUGAUAAUUUCUACCAAAAUCAGUAG